AUGGCAUGUAACGUCCCUAACCAAAGACAGCGGGCUAUGUCAACCUCUGGAGAAGCUCUAUAUGAAAUUCUUGGUCUGCAGAAGGGAGCAUCAAAUGAAGAAAUUAAGAAAACCUACAGAAAGUUGGCCUUGAAGCACCAUCCAGACAAAAAUCCAGAUGACCCAGCUGCUGCUGACAAGUUUAAGGAAAUCAACAAUGCCCACACAAUACUUACUGACAUGUCCAAGAGAAUCAUAUAUGACAAGUACGGAUCGCUGGGACUCUAUGUGGCUGAGCAAUUUGGAGAUGAAAAUGUUAAUACCUACUUUAUGCUUUCAAGUUGGUGGGCAAAGGCCCUGUUUGUCAUUAUUGGCCUCUUGACCGGCUGCUAUUUUUGCUGCUGUCUAUGCUGUUGCUGCAACUGCUGCUGUGGACGCUGCCGGCCCAAAUCUUCGGAGCCAGAAGAGGACUUCUAUGUGUCCCCAGAGGAUCUUGAGGAGCAGAUCAAGACUGACAUGGAAAAAGAUUUGGACUUUCCAGUUGUUCUUCAGCCUACAAAUGCAAAUGAGAAAACACAGCUAAUCAAAGAAGGAUCUCGAAGUUAUCUCACAGACUCUUAA